CGCUGAGGGGCGGGCGGGCGCUGCCGCCCCCGAGAUGGCGGGGAGUGCCAGGGGGGAUCGUGAGGGGCGAAGCGGGCUGGGGUCAGCCGGCAGCCCCCUGCCCGACGGAGCUGCCUUCACCCGCUGCUGCUCCAGGCCCUGCCUACGUGGUAGUGCCGGAGCGUUCCGCAGGGUGUUUGGGGAUUUCUUCGGCUUUGAUGGGUGACUGUGCUGUCAGUCGUGGUUGCUGCGAGUCGUAACUCAAUUAGAUUGCAGGGUUUUUGGAAGGAAUAGAGUUUCACAGCAUCGGGCAAGUAUCCUAUGCCUUCCUCUAGUUAAUGUCUGCUGUCCAUACAUGGCUUUUGGUACUAGAUACCACCAUGCACCCUGCACAAGCGCUCCCCUGCUCUUCCCGAGGUCUUUCACUGAAAUCAGGAGGAGAAAUUACUGGAUAGCUCUUCAGUUAUUGAUGGCUUCGACUCCAAAGAGAGUGCGACCCCAGUGAAGUGGGCUCUCUGAUGGGCUGGCUGAGGAGGUUGCUUUAGGUGUUUGGAUUAUUCGGCUUAGCAUUACUGCCGAUGCACUUAGAGUAACUUGUCAAGUGCACGAGACUAGUUCACAAGAUAGUUUGGACAGCAGCUGUGUUUGUAGCUCGGUUUAAACCCUGCCCAGUGUCAAUUUGAGGACACCUCCAGAGGGCUGCAGGAUGCUGGCCUGUUGUACCUAAUCACUUCCAAGAUGGUAAUCAAGGCUUAAGGGAGGGACCAAUACUCCUAACCCUUUUUUUCUAUGAGGUGUAGCAAUUCUUGGUGUACCUCUUACUGACAGGUGAAGAAGUGACUGGCGUACUUACAGACACACACACGAACCAGAGGUUGUAGGGUGAAUGCAUCUAAAUAAAUUUACUUCUCUUGUGGUGUUUAUUCCCCUUCAUAAUAAUCAGUGCAUUGGUAGAAUAAAGAACUGUCCCAUCUUUUCAUGAGAUUUAGUGGUUUUAAUCUCUAGUUCAAAUGGGAUAAUUUCUAUUAGAGUAGAACACCAAAUGCUCGCUGUAUUCUGUGUCUUUUCUGCACGUACCUUUACUCAUGCAUGUGCAAUGGAGGAAAAAAAAAAAAGCUUGAAUAUAAUCUCUCUGAUAGUGAGAGAAAGCAGCAGAACAGUGAAGUGGUGUGAUGCUGUCAAGGCCUGUUUUUGCAGUGUUUUACCCAAUGUUUAUACCUCCAGGAAGGCCUGGUAUACCAUUUGGGGCUGUGCCGGCUCUGUACCCCACUGUUGAUUAGCAGCAUUCAAGAACCAGGCCUCUUCUAACCCAAGAAUUAAGAGUGUCAAAGUCUUAUCAGAAGUCUAGACCAAGCUUUCAGUUUAACAAAUUAAUCUUGCUGAGUGAGAUAAUAGAGUGGAUUAAUUCCUCUUAACACCUCUCUAUAAACCACUUACCUUCACCCAUAGUAGAGAUACAACUUACUGCUAAGAUUAGAUUAAAUACUGUAGCAGCCACUGAGAUUCAGCAUCGUGUUUGUUUGGUAGUGUUUCCUUUGUUAAUCUCUUUUUCUUGGUGGAAACUAUAUUUUUGGAUGGUUAUUAAUGUGAAUAACAGCCCAACCUAGUGUUUUCUUUUCAGAUAUGUCUGGUUUGUUAUCUUGAACCAAAACAAAGCAAUUUUAAGUUCCCAGUACACCGAUGGGAAAAAUGCUUAUUAUUAUGGGUCUAAUAAUACUUUGCAGGUCACUUUGACAGAAGUUGAACUAAAUGAUCUUGCAUUUUAUUAAAUAUUUCCAAAAUAUUAGGUUCUCAGAGUGGUAUUUCAUUCUGGAUAACUGUAGAACAAUCUGAAUACUGGUAUAAUUUAUCCCCUCCAGCAGGAAUGAACAAAUCCACGUGAUGGGAUAUCUGUGCCUCUUUAGGAGAUGUAUAAGAAAAUCAUAGAUCUAUAAUGGUCCACUCUUUCUCCUUAUGUUUGCAGGCAGAAGUCAUCAGUCAGCUUUUUGACUCGACCAGAUCGACCAAAUCUAGCUUACCAUAGACUAAAAGGCAGGAAUCCAGGGGUUAUUUUCCUUCCAGGCUUUAAUUCCAAUAUGAAUGGUCAGAAAGCAACUGCCCUUGAGGAUUUCUGCAGCUCUCUAGGUCAUGCCUUCGUCAGAUUUGAUUAUACAGGAUGUGGAAGUUCAAGUGGUAACUUUGAGGAGUGUACAAUUGGGAAGUGGAGAAAAGAUGUUCUGUCUAUACUGGAUGAACUUACAGAUGGACCACAGAUUCUGGUGGGCUCCAGCUUAGGUGGAUGGCUGAUGCUUCAUGCCGCGAUAGCACGCCCAGAUAAAGUAGCUGCUCUAGUUGGAGUAGCUGUAGCAGCAGACUUUGUUGUAACAACCUUUAAGAGGCUUCCCAUUGAGACACAAAAAGAAAUAGAAGAAAAAGGUGAAUGGAAGUUUCCAACAAAGUAUAAUGAGGAAGGAUAUUAUUCCGUGACAUACGACUUCAUUAAGGAAGCAGAAAAUCACUGUUUGUUGUGUAGUCCCAUUCCUAUAACGUGUCCUGUCCGGCUCAUUCACGGCAUGAAGGAUAGUGAUGUCCCCUGGCAGAUCUCUAUGCAAGUUGCUGAUCGCAUCCUGAGCAAAGAUGUGGAUGUCAUCCUCCGCAAAACUGGCCAGCAUCGAAUGAGUGAGAAGGAAGAUACCAAACUUCUUGUGAAUACCGUUGAUGAUUUAAUCGACAAGUUGUCAACACUAGUAUAAGCUGCAGAGUAGCAUAAAGACACAAACUCUACGCCUGACUCUUUUCCAUGAGUACCAGAAAACCCUGUUCGUAACGAGAUGAUGCUAGGGCUGUGACAAUCACAGUAGGAACUGAGCUUUACCUGCUGUUUCCUUACCUCUGUUAUGUAAAUACAGGUGUUUUAUUAAUGCUGCUUUUGCACAGAUAGUCCAAAGUGUGAGGAAGUGCUGCUGUUGGGUUCGGAACCUCUACUUUACCACUGAAACCUUUUUUCACAGAUUUCCUACCCUUUUGUACUGAAACGUUCGUUUGUUUUUUGUUACUAUUGGUCUGUACAGUACAGCUUCGGUUUCCCAUGCCUGAUGCCUUCUCACGAAUGUCCUUUUGCUGUAACUUCCUUGUGUUUUGUCUGAAACCAUCUGUGCAAGGCAAAACACAAGUGUCUGCUAAAGUUAUUGUUAGUAGAAAUAGCAAACAACAUGAAGCAUAGCAAACAGAUUUCCAAUAAAUGAUUAUACUGUUCUUAAAUAGUGUUAAAAUUGUAAAAGGCACACCCUGAUUGUGUUUUGGGGGUACUACAUAAGGAAUAAAUUAAUUUUGGAUUACUUUAGAGUUGGAUUAAGACUAAAUUUUACGAAGAUGAAUGUCCACGCUCCUCUUAUGGGGUUGCCUGCAUAGACAGGAAUCCCAUUGUUAGUGUUUUAAGAGCCUGAGAACACAGGGCCUCAAAGUACAGGUAGAACUCUCUUAAAUAUGCUCAUCGGUAGUGUUUAUGUCCUCUUCGGCAGGAUUUUUGUAACACUUAAUUUGUGGGACUAAUACUGAAGGAAUAAUAUGUUCUCUUGGUGUAAAGUCAAGUGAAAUUGGAUCACUAUAAUGAGUCAUUUACUCCUUCAGUAGCUUCUCGAAAGUGGGUUGUACAGGACGGUAGAUCAUCACUGCCUCUUUUCUAUGACCUGAGCACUGAAAGUUGUUAGGAACAGUGUCUUCCUGAGUUGAAAGUUUGCGGAGCACAAUUGCAAGCCUGAGCAUCUUGCAGCUGAAACUUGAUAGCUGGAUAACUCUUUUACCAUAAAUCACUUUGGAUUACAUAGUAUACAAAUUGAAUUGCAAAUGUGAUGAUUAGCUGUUUUUGUCCAAAAAUACGGUGUCACUCAUACCUUAGGAAGAGCGAGUGAGGAGCUUACGUAGAUGAGAGACUGGAAUUAGUUCAGGCUGGCCUUUAGGUGAAACAUCAGUCAGAAGUAUUUAGUAGUUUCUGGCUUUGCUAUUUCAAGUAGGAAGUGAUGGCACUAUUGCUACUUUAUAAGACUAUGGCUCCCACGGGCAAGGUAUUUCUACAGGGUUUGUAUUUUUCAGAAGUACACUGUAUAGAGCAUUUGAUGGGGUACUGUUUUUUUUUUUGUUUUUUUUUUUUUUUUUUAAAAAAGAUAAAAACUGAAUUUCAGAUGACUUCCUAUGACAGUUUUAUUUAGGCUUCAACACUGAAAAGAAAAACAAAAAAAAAAAAAAAGAAGGAGCUGUGAUGUUAAUAAUGAUAAUAAUAAUUCCAGUGUAACAAUUCCCUAACUUAGGUUAUCUAGCUCAGGUUACUUGACUGAGGAAUUAUAACGUUCCAUGAAAUUUUGUUUCCAAGUAUUUCUGUUUCUGAGGGGACUAGACCUUUUUUUCUGCCUGUAUGAAUAUGCAGUUCACAACUUUCUUAAACUUUGAAGCUUUAAAACCUCUUGAAGAAAUUAUUUAGAAAAAAAAUUAUAACUUAAGCAAAUUGGUCAUCCGCUUCCAUUCCUGAAGAUUGAGCUGUAUUUAUAUGUAGUCAUUCAACUGUUGCUUAUAAUAAAAUCUGAGAAGUAGAUUUUUGUGAGUUUUAAAAGACACAGGUAAAUCAGAAUUAGUUUAUUUCAAAAUUUUCUGCUCAUAGCUUACCUAUGACAUUUUUUUAAACUAAUUUCUGUCACAUCUCUUAGAUGUCUCUUUAGGGAAGAAAAAGUUGAAAAAAGUGGGAUGCGGUAAUUCAGGAAUAAUUGCUAUCAAUUAAGGCCUAAAGUUACCAGUUGUGAUAGAUGUAUUUUUGUUCAUAUUUAUUUUUAAAAAACUUAGUAACUGAAAAGUUUUGAGCCUUUUUUUUUUUUUCUGAAUUGGGUCUUAUACCUAUAAAUGUUCAAUUUAACGAUAGUAGUUCAGGCAGGGAAAAGUCUUUAUAUGUCUGCAUAAUUUGGCAUUAUGUAACUUUCUUGAAAUAAUUGCAUUGUAAUCUUUCAAAGCUUCACUUUAGCAUUUAUUAAAUAAUUCAUAUUUCAUGGGUGGGGCCUUUCUGUUGGCAGUGCCUUAGAGCAAGAUAGCUGAAAACGAAGUGGAGCAGUUGUGUGAGGGGUUUGGAGUUGUAUUUUUUUUUCUUUUUGUUGUUGUUGUUCUGCUGUAACAGCAUUUAGGUUGGGAAAAGCAGCCUAACUGGGUUGACCCAAUUGUUGAGGAUACAAAACUAAAGCAUCAGUUGCUUAAACCUCAGCAUUACCAAAGCUUAAUCAUAGGCUGCUUGGUUUGGUUUUGUUGUGCUAGUUGUAUUGUAGAUCUCUGUUUUCCUUACUUUUCUGCUUGCUAAAUGGAGAUGAGUGAUAACAUUUACAUUACAGUUACAGACAAAAUUUGCUACGUCCAGCAUAAAUGCGAAGGCUGAUUAUACUUUCUUAAUUACGACAGUAUUUGAGGUGGUAUAUUGAGAUUGAGUGAGUGCUAGUGCCCUUCUUUGUGCUCACCACUUAAUAAAUUCAGUAUCUGAUCCAAAUGCUGGCAGUUUCCAAUGUGAACAUGAGGAAAAUGGCUGUGCCUGCAACCAGAAGUACCACUAGAACUACUAGGCAAAUUGACAGGAAGAAGUACGUCUACAUAAGGUCUGCCUCGAAGCCACCUCUUCAUAUUUACAAAGUAUUGGUACUUGAGUUGCAGGCACAGCAUUUUCCUCGUGUUCGUGCUGGAAACUGCCAGCAUUUUGGUCACUGCCAACUUACUGUGCUCAAAUGCCUGUAAGAAGGGAUAGAUGAUAACCGGUGUGCUCCAACACGUUCUCUGUUUCUGUGCUGAUGUUGCAAAAGCUAAUUGCAAUAACAGACAGUCUGAAGAAAACUGAUGUUAUGGCACACCUUUCUUGCUAUAGCACUCCUGAAACCACAGGGUUUCACAUCCUACUCGUGACCAGCUCUUGACCUAUCAGGAAGUCUUAACAGUCUUGGGUAAAGUAAUAUUCACAGGUUAGGGUGUUGUUCUGAUCCUGUUUGGUACUAUGUUUGUCACCCGAGUUACUGCCUGUGGCAACUCCUUCAUUUUUGCCGUUAGAUGCCUGCAUAGUGAAUUCUUUUCAAUGAUAGUCAUGUUUAAAAAUAAGUAUGUCUCUCUUUUGUGGAAAUACUGUAUUAAACUUGGGUGUUACAUAUUUGGAAAGUUUUGCAUAGUGCAAAUUAUUAGAAGCCUUUGAAAUGAAUUAUGCUCUGGGUUUAUUGGUUUUAUUUUUAAUGGACAUCUGAUUUGCUGCCACAUACAAAGUAUAUUUUAUGAAUAUGUAACAUGCAUUUCCUCAGCAAUAAUCUGUGUUUGCAUAGAAUGAUCGGAGUCCUUCAUGCUUUCAAAUUUCCCAAUAUAAGUAAUUCUACCUUGUGGU